CCUCCCCUUCUUGCCCAAAGGCACACACAGCUGAUUGCGAAAUUAGGGUUUUCAGGUCCUCUUGUUCCUUGUUCGAUUUCCAGCCAUGGGAGGAGGCAACGGUCAAAAGGCCAAGAUGGCGCGUGAGAAGAACUUGGAGAAGCAAAAAGCCGCUGGAAAGGGAAGCCAGCUUGAAAAAAACAAGAAAGCCAUGUCAAUCCAGUGCAAGGUGUGUAUGCAAACAUUCAUGUGCACUACCUCGGAGGUGAAGUGCAGGGAGCAUGCUGAAGCAAAGCAUCCGAAGUCUGAUGUGUAUGCCUGUUUCCCUCAUCUCAAGCCGUGAAGGAACAAACAUCUGGCUGGAGAAGCAGUUGCUGGAACAGAUUAUUAUCAAUGUUAUUCCGCUCUAUGUAUAUUUUCUAGAAUGAUUCUCCCGAGUUGUUCUAGAUCAAUAGCUAUUUAAGCAAGUGUUCAUGUGUUGUGGGUGUGUUUGGGAGAGGUAUCUCCUUGUUUAAGUGAAGCUUGGUCUUAAUGAUCAUGACUGCUGGUGUUAAUCUUCAAAAAGCCACUCUUUACAUGAAUUCAUGGUUUGGUUUCACCAUU